AUGAUGCUGGGAAUUAUACAAAAUGCCGGGGAACAUCUUGUAGAAUUAAGAUUUCCAAAGAAGAUAUGCCUAAAGUGUUUAAGACAGUUGAAACAGAGUUACAGCUUUUUGCUGCAAGUAAAGGCAUCGUAUGAACAAUUCGUGAAACAGCACCGACCAGAUGCUGCAGAUGCUAUUGAAAAAGAGGAUUCAAGUUCACAAAAUGCCCUUAACACAUUUAUCGAGAUUCCCCAAACCAAUGAAGAAUUACUGCUUGAAGCAGAAACUCUUGAGGAACAUGAAGAUGAUAAGGAUGAACUGAAAGAAAUAAAAUUAGAAGAAACAAUGAAUAGUUCCUGCAAUGAACAAGACCCCGCCGAAGAUUUCCCAAAUCAUAAGACAUCUAAUAGUCAAAUAAUGGAAGACAAAUCCCUAGACUUAAAUGAUUCCUGUGAAUUUGAAAGGCAAGAAUCAUUGAGUGACACAGAGGUAUCGGAAUCUGAUAUUGAAUCUCUCGAUGAAAUAGAUAUGUUGCACGAACCCAUUGCAAUCCGAUGUGAUAUAUGUCAAAAAGUCUAUCACGAUAGACAUGCUCUGUAUACACACAAACGUUACAGUCACAUGCCCGAUGAAAAGAAAAUACAAUGUCCUUUGUGUAGUCACAGAACAAGCCGGCGGCAGGCACUAAAAGUUCACAUAGAAUUGAAACACGGUCCACAAAUGGCGGAGAAGUAUUGUAAUGUGACACCCAAAGAAAGAAAACCAUUUGCCUGCAAUCUAUGUGAACGCAGUUAUGGCAGACGAGAUGAUUUGGGUCGGCACAUGAAAACAAAACAUAUAAAUCCGAAGGAAAAAACACCAAAAGCCAUUAAAGACACAACACCAUUUCUAUGUGCCGAAUGUGGCAAAUCUUUUAGUUCAAAGAAAAUGCUCAACAGCCAUUUGCGUGUUCACACCGGUGAUAGACCAUAUCCUUGUGAUAUUUGUGAUAAGACAUUUAAACGUGUCAAAGAUGUGAAAACCCAUCGUCUCAUACAUAGUAACAUCCAACCAUUCCAAUGUUCCGAUUGUGAUAAAUCAUUUAUUCGCGCUGAUAAGUUGAAAAUCCAUAUGCGAGUACAUUCCGAAUUGCGACCGUACAAAUGUCUGGAGUGUGAGAAAACAUUUAAAUAUCCGUCGGUGUUGAGGACACAUAUGUAUAUGCACACGGGACAAACACCGUUUGCAUGUAGAACAUGUGGCGAGGAAUUUUCAUUGAGGACUUCGUUGAAUAAUCAUUGUCUGAAGAAUGGUCAUGAAAAAUGA